AUGGGUCGAAAUUUAUUAAUGAGCAGUCUUGAAAAUGCAUCAUUUAACAUUUUACUACAGAUUUUAUUUAGAUGUGUAACAUUUAUUAUAAAUGCCUGGGUUAUCAGAAAUGUAGGACAUGAAAUUAUUGGUAUCAUGAAUGUCAGACUGUUAUUACUAGAGAGUACUAUUCUAUUCCUAAGUAGAGAGCCAUUCCAUCGUGCCUGCUUAGGUCAAAAAGAUGAAUUUGUUUGGCAUCAAGUCAUGAAUCAAAUUUGGUUGUCAGUCCCACUCAGUUGUUUGUUAUCUUUUAUUUUUGUUUAUAUAUGGCUUAAUAUAUUGCCAUUGGGUCAUCCAGAGCUUGUUUUUCAAUACGAGUUUGGUUGUUGGAGUGUAGCAUUGUCAUGUAUAUUAGAACUUUGCUCAGCAAAUAUUGUUCUGGUUACACAACUUUUUUGUUUUGUAAAGCUUAAAGUUAUCCUUGACACAUUACAUAUUUUUGUAAGGACAGUAUUAUUUUUAUCUAUUAUAGUAUAUGACAGGUCAUUGGCUCUUAUUGCGUUUUCAGUAGCCCAAGUUGGAAGUAUUGCAGUUAUUGUUCUAGCUUAUUACUCAUUCUUCUAUUGGUACAUUAAAUUUAAGCCAUUGUAUGCAAAGGGUGCACUCAAAGUGAAAUUUCUUCCAAAUAAUAUUUUGGAGCGACUUUAUAGCAAUAUGGACGACUUCAACUUCACUACCCUCAGAGACUUUUUUCCAAAGUACUUGGGUUCUAUAAACUCUUCGUUUAAUAAAAAAUUGAAUACUCUUACUUUAAGUUUUGCCAAGCAAGGAGUUGUUAAGCAGGUUUUGACAGAAGGAGAGAAAUAUGUUAUGUCAGUUAGUCCUGUGAUGACUUUUACUGAACAAGCAACUUAUGAUGUUGUAAAUAAUCUAGGUAGUCUAGCUGCUAGAUUUGUAUUUCGACCCAUAGAGGAUAGCAGUUAUUUUUACUUUACACAAAUGGUGAGCAGGGACUUGCCUUUAUGUAAGCAAGAUCAAAACAAAAUCCAAGAAUCUUGUACAGUUUUGUCUCAAGUUUGUAAAAUUGUGAGUUCCAUUGGUUUGGUUGUUCUAGUCUUUGGGUUGAGUUACUCUCGUACUCUCUUGACUUUGUAUGGUGGAGAAGUUUUUGUUGCCAGUGGAUUACCAGUACAGUUGCUUCAGAGUCAUUGUCUAGCUAUUGUGUUGAUGGCUAUUAAUGGCAUUACUGAAUGUUACACUUUUGCAACUAUGACUAGUGCUCAACUAAACAGUUACAAUUACUUGAUGGUAUUCUUUUCAAUUAGCUUUUUGAUACUUUCGUAUGUUUUGACAUAUGUUCUAGGACCAGUUGGAUUUAUUAUUUCGAAUUGUAUAAAUAUGUUUGCGAGAAUUGUGCACAGUAUACAUUUUAUUAGUAAUAAAACCAAGGAUACUGAUUUUAGGCCACUCCAAGGGCUAUAUGUUGGAAAAUACUUUUUAAUCACUUUAUUUAUUGCUGGUUGUAUUUGUAAGUUUUCCGAAAAUAAUUUCUUUUAUAAUUCAGUUGUAACGCACAUUGCUAUUGGCAUGGUGUGUUUGAUUUGUGUUCUGCUAUCUUGGGGAUACGAAAAUAAGAAUCUUAUCAUUAAAACUUAUCAAAAGUUUAUGAAAAGUGAAGAAAAGAUGGCAACGGAUUAGCACCUGUGUAUUGUUAAGCUUAUAUAACAUGUAAAUAAGAUGUGUAACUAUUAUUUCUAUAAAAAUAUAUAAGGUAUAUUGUAUUAUUAAAA